AUGAAGGAGAAGUCCAAGACAGCGGCGAGGACGCGGCGGGAGAAGGAGAACAGCGAGUUUUACGAGCUCGCCAGAAUGUUGCCGUUACCGUCGGCCAUCACGUCUCAGCUGGACAAAGCGUCCAUCAUCCGACUGACCAGCAGCUACCUGAAGAUGCGCCUGGUGUUCCCGCAAGAGCAUGAAGUGGAGCGCUCGUUCUUCUUGAGAAUGAAGUGUGUUUUGGCCAAACGUAACGCCGGGCUGACGAGCGGAGGAUAUAAGGUCAUCCACUGCAGCGGCUAUCUGAAGACGUCUGCGCUGGACUGCUAUCAGAACGUGGGUCUGGUGGCGGUGGGACACACUUUACCUCCCAGCGCCGUCACCGACAUCAAGCUUCACAGCAACAUGUUCAUGUUCAGAGCCAGUCUAGACAUGAAGCUCAUCUUCCUCGACUCCCGGGUUUCAGAGCUGACAGGAUAUGAGCCACAGGACCUGAUUGAGAAGACCCUGUAUCAUCACGUGCACAGCUGUGACAGCUUUCACCUGCGCUGUGCUCAUCACCUCCGCAGAACGACACGGAUUGUACAGAUUGUUUUCAUUGUGCAUUACUGCAUCGUCAGCGUCAACUACGUCCUCACGGACACGGAGUAUAAAGGCCUGGCGCUGUCUCUGGAGCAGCUGAAGCCCAGCAAACCUGCGUUCCCUUACGCAAACCGUCAGGACAAACCCCCAGCGAAGAUCCUGGCUUCUCCAUUCUCUCAGCAGUUUUCGUUCUUCCAGAACGAGCGCUCAGAUUCCGACCGCGACAGCCAAUGGGACGGCAGCCCUGUGACAGACUCCGCCUCCCCGCAGCGACUGGACACGUCUCAUUGGGACGAGGUGCGUGCAGACGGAUCUCCAGGCUCCUCGGGCGAUUCGGGAGACAACUGCUAUGAAAUCCGGGCAUCCCAGAACCAGAUGGGUGCCAGACAGGAGCAGAUUAAGGUGGAGGACGGCUGCAUGAGCGAUGUCUUCUCCUCUGUUUGCCGAGGACCGCCCCGUCUCGUCCUGCACCGAGACGACAGAGACGAGAGUCCAGCCUCGCUGUCCGGUCUGAGCAGUCCCGGCUCGGACAGAUUGUCCCGUUAUUAUGUGAACGCACACAUGCACUUUCAGACCAGCGCCGCGCACAACGCCACAUCGGUCAUCAUCACCAACAGCAGCUGA